GGUCAUCUCUCGUGACGACAAGCAAACAGUCACAUAUGCAGGGGCAGCCAGCAUCAUGACCUUUUUUUUACUUUCUUCUGUGAGUAUUGUGCCAAGUCCUCCACCUUUGCAAAUAAGAUAAGAGCACAACUGCAAGAACUCUCCCAGCACUACGGACGACAAAAUGGAAGAGACGUUGGAAAAAGAGAUUCCGCUGUCUGAAGUAAAAGAUUCUGACGAAGGUGGAAUUCGGCUGCGACUGAGAGACAGAGACCUGUUGAAGAAGCGAAAAGCCGAGGCAGAGGAAAAGGCAACCAAUCAGUGGGUUUAUGGGGCACAAAGCCUUAAAAGAGCGAAAAAGAAGACCAGCAGUACCCCAGGAAGGAAAGGUCGACCAAGAAAAGAACAGCCCAUAGUUAUUCCAGAAGAUCUUGGUCUGGCUCAGGAAACAGAUCCUUCUCCAGUCACACUUCCUAUCACAGUACCUGUAUUACCCACCACAGCAGAGACAGUGCCUGUUCUACCAGCUGAGCCACAACCAGAGCUGGUGCCUGUGGAAGCAGUAAGUGAAAAACCUUUUGAGGGGUUUCUGAUUGAGGAUCUGGGGCCAGAUGAGGAGGAAGACGCAACUCAAAAAAGCCUUGUCAUUGAUACAGGUGAUGAUGAGCAGCCAUGUGCUGAUGUGCAUGAACAAAGUCAAGUCUCAACAGCAGUGUUUCCUCCACCACCUGAUCCUUCUCAAUCAGACAGCCUAAGCCUACCUGAGAAUUUACUUAUCUGAGUAUCUAUUUUCUACAACAAAAAAAGCAUUGUGACUAACUCAUUUAGUACUUUUACUUUAUCUCAAAGGAUUUCAAAACCUGAAACAAGAAAGUGUAUAUUUAUUAAAAUUGUUCAUGUUUCUGUGUAUAUAUUCCACUCAUCAGUAUAGUCUUUGCAAAACAACAACAAAAGCAUUGUUAAUAAAAUAAAAAUAUGAAAUUGUGUUUUACAGUAUAUCACUUUUGUGCCCCCUGGUGAUUGUAAAAUAACUAGAACUUUUAAAUAGCAAAUAACUAGCAAAAAAAAAAAGCUAUUUUGCUUUUAACCUCUAUGACAAAUAAUCUUGUUUUUUUGUACAACUGACUUAUUUUUAAAUAAAUGAGUUUUAUAUUUUG